AAAUUCCUCACGAAUUAAUUGGCGCACCCAGUUCACGAAACAACAAGCGAAAGUUGAAAAACAACGCAAGAAAAAUUGUAAACUUAACAAGGCAUGAUCAAAGUUAUAACAAGUUUUGUAAGCUGCUUAGCGGCGAUCUUGCUUGGGGUUUUGGCGUUGGCGACCGAUUUUUGGCGUGUUUGGUGGAGGGAAGCCAAAGAAAUCUCGGGGGUCCAAUUUAAUCACGAAGGAUUAUUUCACACUUGUCAUGAAACUAGCAUCAACAACACUGUAGUCGCUGCUGACAGCUGCACAGAUUUACAUGGUGAAGGGAGACCAGGUAUACAUUCACUGAAAAAAAUGUACAAAAAUGUUAUUCUUUACAAGGAAACGUUUCAUGUUUUAUGUAAGCUUAUGUGUUAAUGAUUCAACUUACAACUGAUGUUGUGUCUGUUAUAAACCCUCGAGGUACUAAAAUUGGUUAUGGGAUAGGUUACAGGACAUAAGCUCCGUGAUAAGUUACAUAUUAAGUACCAUUGUGCGAGAUUAAUAACACCGUGCUUCAUAUGUGAAAAUAUUGUCAUAAAGUGUAUUCCAAAUUUGAAGAGUUUUGGUUUAAAGUAUUCUUUCUAGAAUACCACACAUCAUUGUACUUUUGCUUAAAAACAGUAUUUUGGUGCAUAGGUUUAUGUAACGUACAAGCAUUGCGAACACAGAAACUCGUCAACAAUAUUUUUCUUUGAAAAAAAGUCAGUAAGACAGAGAUACGAAAUCACAAAUGUGCAAUGUCAGAAGGCCCCCUUGUGUUGUAUGUAUAUCAAUUUUUAAUUUGUGGCAUAGAAAGUGCUUCAUUUAUAUCAUUACAUUCAGAGGCCUAAUUACCAAAACUAUGUCAAUAAAUUAGGAGCAAAAUCAUUCUUUCAUGUUGCGAGCUGACUUUUCUUUUUUGUCCAAAAAAAAAUUAAGUCAGUUUCUUAUAUUUAAAAGCAACUUUUGAUCAUUUAAGACAAUGAUAUUGGACUUAAUUGCAGUGAAGCAAUAAUAAUAAUGAGUAAAAAAUAUUAUUAUUGUUUAAAGAUGUCUGUUAACUUACGAAAGGGAUGACUUCACUUUCAAGCAUGCUGUUGGUUCUUAUCUAGAUGUUUUGAAGUUGCACAGUUUGCAUCUGUGUUUCACUGAAAACAUGACAAAAUAAUAUUUCAUAAGUUCAUAGGUGGAUUUGAAUUUUUGCAAAUGAAAGCAUCUAUCUUAGGAAAGUCUGUGAUCAGCAUUGUAUUUCUGUUGCAAAGUCAGAAGCAGCGAGCAAAGAAAGUUGUAUCUGAUAACCUGGGACUAGUGGAUUUUGCUAUUGGGCCAGUGAAUUCUGUUUUUUACUAGCCCAAUGGGCAAGUGAUUUUUUUUGGGGAAAUUCAAAUUACAGAAUAAUAAAUCAAUCCUGCUCAUCAAAAUAUUUUUUUUCAGACUUGUUAAAAUGACUUUUGAGGUAGUGCAUGGUAACAACAGCUUACCCGAAUGGUAAGCUGUAAAACUGACUUUCUUUGCACCCUGCAAAAUUAGAAAAGAAAUUCAAAAAAAUUUUAUUAAAUGUACAAACCUGAAAAAUUAGUAACACCACGUUGAAGAACUGGUGGAGAGGAUUUAAAUUCAAUGGUUACAUCACAGGAUUUUGUCCAGACUAAAGGCUAGUUUUCACUCGCAACAGAAUCAGAGUCAUAGAAGUGUAGGACUUGAUGAUCUUUUGAAAACAGUGUUCUGGUUCCACUUAGACUCUGUCAUUUAGAAUCAAGCAUAAAACUAGGUCAACGGAGUCGCAAGGAGAAGCGAAAGAACUAAACCAAUCACAAAAUGUGGGAAUGAGCGUUGGGAUAUUGGUUUAUCCUUCCGCUUCUGCUUCCAACUCUGACGAUCUGUUUUUCACUAGAUCGUAAAUGUUGGAAUCAUAGGCGGAAAUAUCAAAAGAAAUUGGAAACAUUCUGAUUCUUCUGACUUUGAGUCUGUUGCAUUUAUGACUCUGCUUACGACUUUGAUUUUUGAUUUUCACAAGGUCAUGAGCACUCUUGCGACUUCCCCUACGAUUCUGACUCGGACUCUGUUGCUAGUGAAAACCAGCCUUAAAAAAACUUGCAGCAAUGCCAUUUUAUUUUCAGACUGGAAUGGUGUAGUAAUUGCAUUUAUGGUUUUGGGUCUCUUGUUCCACCUUGUUGCCUUCAUCUUUGCGAUUAUAGCUGCAUGUAGAAAAGGGCAUCCAUUCCCGUCAUUCUGGGUGGCUGGACUCUUCUUUAUUGCAGGUGAGUUUUCACUGGGCUGGAAAUGUUUGUGGAAUUCACACCAGGGUCAAGAAAUCCAUCCAAUAUUAGUUAGCCUGUGAAAACAGCCAUCUCCUCUUGCUCCUUGCCAAUAUAGACAUCUUGAAAUGAAGACAUCUGCACCUAAGCGACAGAAAUUCCAUACUGAUGACAUGAGAUCUGUCCAGAAUUUUCAUCAGGAGCUCUGAUUGUUCCACAUAGUUAGCUACUGUCUAUUAAUGACAAACAAAAGAUAAAAGGCCACAAAGGUCAAAUGUAAACACAAUGAAUCUGCUACAAAACAUUCAAUAUUCACUGAAUACAUUCUUCUUUAGAAGACGCAUUUGAGUUUUUCUGAAGCUCAAUCGCAGAAGAGCACAAAAAAAUUUUACCAUGAUAAUUGACCAGGGGAAACCUAAAACUCCACAAAUUCGUAUUUGGAACCCUAUGACUACCGCAUUAAUUAUGUAAACUUUGAUUUACGUCAUCAUAAUUGCAUUUCUGUCAUUGAAGCACAGACAUCUUUCCUUUGAAAAAUCCCUAGUCGCGAGAAGCGAGGAGAGACGGCUGUAUUUGCUUGCUAAACCCCAGUUUUCUGUCUGUAAUUUAUGCCAUACACAGGAGACACAUCACAGGGGGGAAAUCAUUUUUGGAUGGAUUCAGUAUGCAAAGAAAGCUGUGUCUAGCCUGGGACUAUUGGAUUCUGUUCUUAACUUGCCUGGUGGGCAAGUAAAGUGUUUUGGCGAAUUAAUAUUACUGAAGAACUGUAAUCAAUCCUACUUAUCCAAAAAAAAAAAUCAUGCCAAUUAAAAUAACUCUUGACGUGCACUAGUACAUGUUUGUCACAGCUUGCCCAAGUGGCAAGCUGUAAAACUAACUUUCUUUGCACCCCAUGGAAUGCUCAUGUCUAGUGUAGUGAUAUGAAAGGAUAAGACAAUUCUUUGUUGAUUGGGAAACUUGUGUAAAUUUUUGUCUAGGGUUUUUUCGUAUAAAUUUUAGUCAAGAAUACUAAUCAAAAUUCAUCCAAAUUCACACUACUAAGGAUGGAGACAUCUUAUUUGUCUCAGAGAUUGGUUUCUUAUCUUUUAGCGUGUCUUUGGCUUAAAAAAAAAAUUAGCCUCAGUGGGCAUCAUUGCCUUAUUAAUAAUGAUAACAAAAAAAUUGCCUGAAAAAUACAACUGUGAAAAUCUUUUGGGAAACAAUUUAUUCCCCUCUAUGUAUAUUUCUUACCACUCUAAAAUAAUUUUAUGUCAAUGUUAUUUUUUGUUUUCAGCAAUACUGGUCAUCAUUGCCUUAUUGGUUUACACAUUCCAUAAUUGGAAAUCUGACGUAUUCUUUAGCUGGUCUUAUGGUGGAGGAUGGUCUACAGUGGCUUUAUCCAUUAUAGCAGUGGUUUUAAUAAUGGCUGAUCGCUGAGAAUGGUUAAGAGCUCAUCUGACAACAGAAAUUCUCUUCAUGUAAACAUUGCACUUUUUUGGUCAUAGUCUUUUUAUUAUUUAUGUUUCAAGAGCUGCAGGACAUAACUAGCUUUCUGGGGGGUCACUUAUAACAUGCCAUUUGUAUUAUUUUUUAGUGGAGACAGAGGUCGUUACUGGUUUAUGAAAAUUGCAUCAAAGGCAAGAUUUUGUAGUCUCUCUUCAGGUUUAUUGCUGGCACAAAAUUUUAGGCAUAAAAUGUAGUUCUUGGUAAAAGAAAACGUUAUAAGUGGAAUUGACCUCAUCAAGGCUGUGCUCUAACAAAAUUGAAGGGAGCCGAAUGCUAUUAAAUCCAGGGUGCCCAGCAUAUGAUGUGUAUGAAAAGACUAAGAUUCUUUGUUACCCAAGACCAAAACUUAGGUGCCACCGACCACGGGGCACUGGUAGAGUAAAGCCUUGUCCAUCCAAAAAAGCAGUUAUACCUUCAACCCUGUUGUCAAUAGCACAGAAAGAUACAUGAAGAGUAGGAAGAGACUCAUCUAACUUUGAGGCGUACCUCUCAAUAGAAAUGUUUAUUGAAAGAAAUGUCGGUGGGCUCAUCUAACUUAACUUUAAAAAAAAACCUAUCACUUUGACAGUCCAAUGUUUAAUCACCUCCUGCAUUGUACAGCUAAAUAAAAGCUUGAAGGGUCUCAAAUUACAUUGGCCAAAUAUCCUCUACUUUUCAACUGGUAGUAUUUUAGAAAGAAAAUGGGACUGAUCAAUUUCUCUUUCUCUUGUUUGCUCAUGUAAAUAUGCUUUCCACAAGACUUCUGACCAGUUGACACCAACAGGUUACAAAUUUUUAGCUCUGUUUUUAGUAGAUAAAAUUAAUGGUAGGGUCACAUCCCAAAUGUUUUUUUGUCCUCAUGAAGAUUUUUUCAUAGGUUAUUUAGUGUUCGUUGGAAUUAGGAUUUGUCAUUGCUUCCCAGAAACAGUUAUUUUGUAAAGUGCAAGAAGAAUCACUGAUAACAUUUUAGUUUUGCAUAUUCUCUUAUUGUGAGCCACAAUGUUCAAGAUUAAUGUACAUACAAGUUGUAAUAUUGCCAGGCUCUAAAGUGUUUCUACCCUAACAAUUUUUGGUUGUAUUUAUCGUUAUCAUUGUAGAGUUACAUGUAGAAGAUUGAUGAACUGUUGGAACUAUUUCUGUGACUAGGAUUUCCUUUAUACUGUUUUGGACAG